GUAUCUCUACCAAGAUAUAAAUAAGCAAGCCAUGGUGUUUGUGGAGCCCCAAAAGUCGGGAGGCUAUGAUGUGUAUGGCCUCCUCAAUCUAACUCAUGAAAUUGAGCCCAUUGUAAACCAAGGAGGGAUGGGACUGGAAUCAGUAGCUCACAGAAUAAAGAAGGUUGAAACAACUGACGGAACCAAGAGAACUAGUAUGAUCCAACCAACAGUAUACAAAGAAGACCCAGUAAGGAUUGAACCGAGAGAAUCGUCAUCUGGUUUUGUCAUUGAGACAUUACUGAUUAUCGAGAGUGAGCUCGCAAAGUACGUGCAGAGAACAGGCAAUGAAAUACAUGCGUAUGCAUCAUUCUUUACUGGAACGGUCAACAUGAUCCUGCAACAGCUGCAACCUCCUGGAAUGAUUUUAUUGACAGGCAUACAAACAAACAGUGAUGCACAGGCGGAGUAUCUUGUCUUCACCAAUGACAAUGUUGUGGAUAGCACCCGGACACUGAAGAAGUUGGCAAUACACGUAGCUUCAACAAGCGAAUUGCAGCAGCAGGACAUGAUUCUUUAUUUGAUAGGGCGAGACAUGAUUCAAGUGAAUUCCGAUGGUACAAGGCGUGUGUCUUUUGGUGCUGCGUUUACAGGAGGAGUUUGCACUCUACGAAAUGCUGUCCUUGUGACUGACAACGGGAACAAGUUUUCGGGGGUAAUAAGCGCUGCUCACGAAAUAGGACAUUUGUUAGGUUCGCCUCACGACGGGAGUGACACUUCAACAGCAUGCUCACCUAAUGACGGAUACUUAAUGAGUCCAAAGGCCCAAGGCGAGAUCCGGCCACGAUUCUCGCAGUGUAGCAUGGAUGCCAUCUCCAACUUUGUGACGGGCUAUGCUCAGUGCCUGUUCAAAGAAAAUGUCCCUACAGCCACUGCGAAUACUCCUGAGGUUGCCACCAAUACGGAGGUUGGCGCCACCGAUCAAGAAAAGAUCUUUGAAAAGAAGUCAAAUAAGAAGUGUCGAAGGUACCUUCUGAAAGACCAACAUCUCUUGACUGCUCAGCAAAUGGAUGGAAACAACACAAAAUGUAAUAUUCUCUGCACCGCUCGCUCAAACACAUCAAAUGAGGACGUCGUUUUUGCCGUGGUUGCACCAAACGGCACACCAUGCGACCAGUCGGACACUACUAAGUUAUGCAAGAAAGGACGAUGCGUAUAAUAUAGAAACAAAUAUAUUGAGACCCGUGUUCUGAAAAAAAUUCAGUGGACCUUAAGACAAUCUUUCACCACCCUAUGGAGCACGUAAUGGAGUCAAUCUGUCUGUAUUGUAACGUACAGACAUUGUAUCGAAUGUAUGCGUUUUGGUUUUCAUGCCUCUGAUUAGCAAGCUUGAAAUGCGCUUGGAAACAUAGUAGAAAAGCUUUAAGAACUUUCAAAAACUUGAAUAAAAAGUU